AUGGUCAAGAUCGCUGCCCCCAUGUUCCUCCUCACCGCCGCUCUCGCCUCUCUCGGCGAGGCUCGCAACUGCAAGACUGGCAUUAGCUACUGCGGCAGCACCCUCCUCAACAUCGGCGACUACAGCAACCAGAUCAACCAGGCCCUUAAGGCGGCCAAGCAGCCCAACGACUUCACCCGCGCCCAAAACUCCCUCUUCUACUGCGAAGGCGGCAAGCACGGCAACAUUCGAUACACCAAGCUCUGCACCGGUGGCUGCAAGGACCACGGCAAUGGCAAGAGCGACACCUGCUAA